CCCAACACAAUCUAAACUUCUAAACAUCCAUCAAAACAUGGCUAAAACUUCAAAACCAUUCCAAACCCACUCUUCACCAACUUUAAACAAUCCUGAAAAUAUAACUCCAGAUAACCUAUUCGAAAAUAAUACACACUCUGAAAAUAAUACAACUCAAAAUAACUUACCCGAAAAUGAUACACAUUCUGAAAAUAAUACAACUCAAAAUAAUUCAGUCACAAAUAAUACACAACCUAAAAAUAACACGCAUUCAUUAAAACAUAAAAGAUCUGAAGAAAUAAUCAAACCAACAAGUACUAAACUCACUAACACCAAUGGAAAUUAA